CGGGGAAUAGCCUACAGUCAGGGAAUAGCCUACAGUCGGGGAAUAGCCUACAGUCAGGGAAUAGCCUACAGUCGGGGAAUAGCCUACAGUCAGGGAAUAGCCUACAGUCGGGGAAUAGCCUACAGUCAGGGAAUAGCCUACAGUCGGGGAAUAGCCUACAGUCGGGGAAUGCCUACAGUCGGGGAAUAGCCUACAGUUCGGGGAAUAGCCUACAGUCGGGGGAAUAGCCUACAGUCAGGGAAUAGCCUACAGUCGGGGAAUAGCCUACCAGUCAGGGAAGCCUAAGUGGGAAGAAGCCUACAGUCGGGGAAUAGCCUACAGUCGGGGAAUAGCCUACAGUCGGGGAAUAGCCUACAGUCGGGGAAUAGCCUACAGUCGGGGAAUAGCCUACAGUCGGGGAAUAGCCUACAGUCGGGAAUAGCCUACAGUCGGGGAAUAGCCUACAGUCAGGGAAUAGCCUACAGUCGGGGAAUAGCCUACAGUCGGGGAAUAGCCUACAGUCGGGAAUAGCCUACAGUCGGGGAAUAGCCUACAGUCGGGAAUAGCCUACAGUCGGGGAAUAGCCCUACAGUCGGGGAAUAGCCUACAGUCGGGGAAUAGCCUACAGUCGGGGAAUAGCCUACAGUCGGGGAAUAGCCUACAGUCGGGGAAUAGCCUACAGUCGGGGAAUAGCCUACAGUCGGGGAAUAGCCUACAGUCGGGGAAUAGCCUACAGUCUGGGGAAUAGCCUACAGUCGGGGAAUAGCCUACAGUCGGGGAAUAGCCUACAGUCGGGGAAUAGCCUACAGUCGGGGAAUAGCCUACAGUCGGGGAAUAGCCUACAGUCGGGGAAUAGCCUACAGUCGGGGAAUAGCCUACAGUCAGGGGAAUAGCCUACAGUCGGGGAAUAGCCUACAGUCGGGGAAUAGCCUACAGUCGGGGAAUAGCCUACAGUCGGGGAAUAGCCUACAGUCGGGGAAUAGCCUACAGUCGGGGAAUAGCCUACAGUCGGGGAAUAGCCUACAGUCGGGGAAUAGCCUACAGUCAGGGAAUAGCCUACAGUCGGGGAAUAGCCUA